AUGGCUUGGCCGUGCAUCAGCAGAGUGUGCUGCCUGGCUCGCUUCUGGAACCAGUUCGACAAGUCGGACCUCUCCGUCCCGCUCACCAUCCAGAACUACUCGGACAUCGCCGAGCAGGAGGUGCGGUCCGUCACCAAACAGGUCUCCGCCUCGGAGCGCGCACCGGGGAACAACUACUCAGCGCCGGACCCGCGUGGCGCCGGCUCCCCUCAGGCGCCCACAGAUGGCCCGGGGACCCGAGGCUCAUUUAGGGCGAAGAGGGAGCCCACCUACAAGCCCCGGGAGGGGUACCACCCGCCCGGAGUGCCGUUCCCCAGCGUUACCCAAUACAAGCAGGAUUUCAAACCCUGGCCCAUUCCCAAGAAGGAGAAUUUCCCUUGGAUUAGUGACGGGGGCAGCAGGGCGGGCAGUGUUUCGGAAAGCCCGGUGAACAGUAACCACAGCCAGGCACAGCCGGGGGAGAGAGAGGAGCGGGGCAGGGGGCAGAGGUGGGUUGAGCAGCAGGUGACGGAGGAGAGCAAGACCAGCUCCUACAGGCAAGAGUACAGGCCGUGGACAGGGGUGAAACCGGCCAAAAGUGCAAGGAAACAUCCUCCAGCUCAAUACUCCAGCCCAGGGACAGAGGCCACCCACGUCCUGCGUGAGACCAGCUACCAGGCUGCCUACAGCGGGGACGUCCACAGGUCCAUAGGGCUGCAUCAGGGGGAGCACAUAAUCCCGUCUGCUGCCUCCAAUGUACAACCUGCUGCUGUCCCCCAGCCCAUCCCCACUGCCAGCUCGCCCAGUCCCUCCAGCCUCCAGCAGAGCGUCCCACCUGAGAGGACUGAGCCCAGUGGAACGACCAAGGGAGAGGAACAUCUGGUGAGGACCAAGCUCCCUCCGAACCCGUCUGCUGUUUUUCAAAGUGGAUCGAGGGUCUUCAACAUCUGACAGCUGCUCCGAUUUUCAACCAUUCCACUUUGCUCGUUUUCAGUUUUAAGGAAUCAACAGGGGAAUGUUUUCGGUCCAUUCCACAACAUAAGAAUCUAUGCAAGGGAAUUUAGUGUCGUGGAUCCUGUGGCGCUGCAGCGUCAGUAUCCCAAGUGGAGAUAGACAGAUAGAUAG